GUUAUCACUUCCCGGAGUGGGCUUACAAGACGGAGUCGAGCCCCGGCUCGCGCCAGAUCCAGCUCUGGCAUUUCAUCCUGGAGCUGCUGCAGAAGGAGGAGUUUCGCCACGUCAUCGCCUGGCAGCAGGGCGAGUACGGCGAGUUCGUCAUCAAGGACCCCGACGAAGUCGCCCGCCUGUGGGGCCGGAGGAAAUGCAAACCCCAGAUGAACUACGACAAGCUGAGCCGCGCGCUCAGGUGA